UUCAUUGCUUAACACACAGACAGAGGACCUGACUAAGGACAAGAGUUAAGUCUUCUCUCUCAGAGGAUCAGAGGCUACAGCAAUGGAGCUGCUCUCAGCAUCAGUUGGCAAUUUUACAGUUGAUCUUUUCAACAAGUUGAAUCAGACCAAUAGAAGCAAAAACAUUUUCUUUUCUCCUUUCUCCAUCUCAUCUGCUAUGGCCAUGAUGUACCUGGGUGCAAAAGGUAACACAGCAAGGGAGAUGGCAGAGGUUCUUCAUUUCACUCAAGCUGCAGGAGCUGAAGGCUCUUCUUCUGUGGCCAGACCUUCUCGGGGAAGACCAAAGAGAAGAAAAACGGACCCUGAGCACAAGCAAGCUGAAGACAUCCAUUCUGGCUUCAAAGAGCUCAUGGCCGUCAUCAACAAACCCAGAAAUACCUACUCACUGAAAAGUGCCAACCGAAUCUACGUGGAAAAAACCUACCCAUUACUGCCUACGUACUUACAGUUAAGUAAGAACUACUACAAUGGAGAGCCACACAAGGUUAACUUUAAGACAGCACCGGAACAAGUCAGAAAGGAAAUCAACACCUGGGUUGAAAAACAAACUGAGGGCAAAAUCAAGGAUUUCCUGAAUUCAAAAACUGUGAAAAGCUCCACCAAGCUGAUCCUGAUAAAUGCUAUUUACCUCAAGGCAGACUGGGAAGUGAAAUUUCGGGCAGAAAGCACACAUCUGCAACCCUUCCGACUGAGCAAGAACAAGACAAAGCCUGUGAAGAUGAUGUAUAUGAGACAUACAUUUCCAGUUCUCAUCAUGGAAACAAUGAAUUUCAAAAUGAUUGAGCUGCCAUAUGUGAAACGUGAACUCAGUAUGUUCAUCCUCCUUCCCGAUGACAUCAAAGACAGCACUACAGGUCUCGAACAGCUGGAAAGAGAACUGACGUAUAAGAAACUGUCUGAAUGGUCUGAUUCCAAGGAGAUCACAGAAACUACCGUGGAUCUGUACCUGCCUAAGUUCAAAGUGGAGGAGAAUUAUGAACUCACAAAUACUCUGAUAAGCAUGGGAAUGACCAAUGCCUUCAGCGGUAACGCUGAUUUCAGUGGAAUCACUGAGGAGAGUGAUUUGGCGAUCUCUGAAGUUAUUCACAAGUCUUUUGUUGCAGUUGAUGAGAAAGGCACUGAGGCAGCAGCUGUUACGGCUCUAAUUCCGGCAACAGCAGCUCCAUUUAUCCCGGAGGUUCUGAAAUUUAAGGCUGACCACCCUUUCCACUUCUUCAUUAGACACAACAAAUCCAAGACCAUCCUCUUUUUCGGCAAAUUCUGCUCCCCCACAGAAACACACGGCAUUCAUUCUCUGCUGCCCUUGCAGCUUCAUGCAAAUGAUCCAGCUCAUGAUGCUCACUUGCUGACUUCUGAUCACCUUGAAAGAUUCACUAUGCUGGUGAUAGAGGAGCCAAUGAGGAGAGGUGUUCUGCUGGACCUCAUACUUACAAACAGGGAAGGGAUGGUUGGAGACAUGAAGGUUGGGGGCAACCUUGGCUGCAGUGACCAUGAGAUGGUGGAGUUCAGGAUCCUGCGAGGAGGGAACAGGGCAAAGAGCAGGAUCACAACACUGGACUUCAGAAGAGCAGACUUUGGCCUCUUCAAGGACCUGCUUGGAAGGAUCCAAUGGGAGAGGGUCCUAGAAGGAAGAGGGGUCCAAGAGAGCUGCUUGAUAUUUAAGGAUCACUUCCUUCAAGCUCAAGAACAAUCCAUCCCAAUGAGCAAGAAGUCAAGCAAAGGGGGCAGGAGACUGACAUGGAUGAACAAGGAGUUCCUGGCAAAACUCAAACAGAAGAAGGAUGUGUUUAGAAGGAAGGGACAGAGUGCACCCACCCUCAGCAAGGCUGAUGAUGAUCCAAAACUGGGAGGAGUGGCUGAUACACCAGAGGGCUGUGCUGCCUUUGAGGGGGACCUUGACAGGCUGGAGAGACGGGCAGAGAGGAACCUCAUGAAGUUCAACAAAGGAACCAUGGAUAGCCUCCGUGUAGCAAGUACCACUUUUGCACUCGACCUCUUAAGAAAGCUAUGUGAAAACAACAGCACGCAGAACCUAUUCUUUUCUCCUUUUAGUAUUUCUUCUGCUCUGUCUAUGAUUUUGCUGGGUUCAAAAGGUAACACUGAAGCUCAGAUAGCAAAGGUGCUUUCUUUGAGCAAAGCUGAGAAUGCUCACAAUGGGUAUCAGUUACUUCUUUCUGAAAUUAACAAUCCAAAUACCAAGUACGUGCUCAGAACAGCUAACCGGUUAUACGGAGAAAAGACAUUUGAGUUUCUUUCAUCAUUUACAGAAUUAAGUCAGAAAUUCUAUCACGCUGGACUAGAACAGACUGACUUUGUGCAUUCUUCAGAGGAUUCCAGAAAACAAAUAAAUGGUUGGGUAGAAGAAAAGACCGAAGGUAAAAUUAAGAACCUGUUGGCUGAGGGAAUUCUUAAUUCAAUGACCAGACUUGUGCUGGUGAAUGCCAUCUAUUUCAAAGGCAACUGGGAGAGCCAGUUCAACAAAGAGAAGACAGUGGAAAAGCCAUUUAAAAUUAACAAGAUUGAGAGCAAACCUGUGCAGAUGAUGUUCAAGAAAGAUAAAUUUAACAUGACCUAUAAUGGGGACUUCCAGACCAAAAUCCUUGAGCUUCCUUAUGUUGAUAAUGAACUCAGCAUGAUCAUCCUGCUGCCUGAUGCAAUCCAGGGUGGAUCCACUGGCUUAGAAAGUCUGGAAAGAGAACUUACAUAUGAGAAGCUGAUGGAGUGGAUUAAUCCUGAAAUGAUGGACUACACAGAGGUGAAGGUGUCUUUACCCAGAUUUAAACUGGAAGAAAAUUAUGAUCUGAAACCCAUUCUGAGCAGCAUGGGAAUGCCUGAUGCAUUUGACUUGAUGAAGGCAGAUUUCUCAGGAAUCUCAUCUGGCAACGAGUUGGUGCUUUCUGAAGUGGUUCACAAGUCCUUUGUAGAAGUCAACGAAGAAGGCACUGAAGCGGCAGCUGCCACAGCAGGAGUGAUGAUGCUGCGCUGUGCAAUGAUUGUUCCAGAAUUUACUGCAGAUCAUCCCUUCCUCUUCUUCAUCCGGCACAACAAAACUUCUAGCAUUUUGUUCUGUGGCAGGUUUUGCUCUCCCUAA